GCGGGAGGGGGGAAGGAAGGGAAGGAGGAAGGGAAAGGAAGGAGGGAAGGAAGGAGGAGCUGAGGCGGCCGCGCACGGACCGGCGGGACCCGCCACGGGAGAUCCCGCGCGUCUCCCGCGGCCGGGCCCCGCUCGCUGCCGGAUCCCGCCGGGGCUCCCAGCCAUGCGCACGGCGGGAUGAAGCUGGAAGCGGUGGUGGAGCAGCUGCAGAAGCAGCAGCAGCAGCAGCAGCAGCAGCAGCCGGCGGUGCCCAUGGAUUCCCGGGAGCGCCGGGAGCCGCAGGUGCCGUUCCCGCCGCCCUUCCCUCCGCAGCCCCGCGCCGGCCCGGCCGGACGCGCCCCGGGGACGUCGCCCGCUGUCCCCCUGGCCAGAGCCGCCCCUGCGGCCGCAGCCGCCCGGCCCUUCGACCAGAGCAGCAGGAACUCCGAGGAGGACGAGGAGGAGGACGACGACGAAGAGGAGGAGGAGGAGGAGGAGGAGGAUGAAGAAGACGGCGCCGAGCUGGAGGACGGCGCGGACGUGGCCGGCAAGGAAAGCUGCUCUGCCCUCAAGUAUUUCCGAGCUCCCAAAGUCGCCCACCCCAACCAAAGAGUGGCCUCUACCUCCAGCCCCGUGCCAGCUGUGGGGCACCCGCGGGGGGCCCAGCAGGGCAAGGAGGAGCAGGGCAAAGACUCUGCCAAGCAUUCCGGGUCCCCGGCGGCGCGCCCCGGCUGGCGCCUGGACGAGCAGCUCAAACAGAACGGCAGCGUGACCUGGAGCGAUGAAGGCGACGGAUGCCGGGGAAGGGAAAUCUCCCGAGACUUUGCCAAGCUCUAUGAACUGGACAGCGAUCCCGAGCGGAAGGAAUUCCUGGACGACCUCUUCAUCUUCAUGCAGAAGAGGGGAACUCCCAUCAACCGGAUUCCCAUCAUGGCCAAGCAGAUCCUGGAUCUCUACAUGCUCUACAAGCUGGUGACCGAGAAGGGCGGCCUGGUGGAGAUCAUCAACAAGAAGAUCUGGAGGGAGAUCACCAAAGGCCUUAACCUUCCCACCUCCAUCACCAGCGCCGCCUUCACCCUGCGCACGCAGUACAUGAAGUACCUCUACGCCUACGAGUGUGAGAAGAAGUCGCUGAGCUCCCCGGCCGAGCUCCAGGCCGCCAUCGACGGCAACCGGCGCGAGGGGCGGCGGCCCAGCUACAGCUCCUCCCUGUUCAGCUACUCGCCCUCCACGCCGGGGCCUCCUUCCCUGCUGUCCCCCCCCAAAAUCCGCUUCCCCAUAAUCGGCGUGGCGCCGGGCAGUGGGACCAGCAACCCCCGGGUGUCGCCGGCCGCGGCCGUCAGGAAAGGCGACGGGGUGCCCCUGACCGUGCCCAUGCCAAACCGCAUCGCCGUGCCAGUGACCCUGGCCGGCCAGCAGGCCACCGUGGCGGCCAGGACGGCCACCCUGGAGCAGCUGAGGGAGAGGCUGGAGGCGGGAGAGCCCCCGGAGAAGAAGGUGCCGCGGAUGACAGAGGAGGAGCAGCGGCUGGUGCAGCAGGCGCUGCAGCGCAACCUGUUCAGCAUGGCCCGGCAGAUCCCCAUGAAGAUCAAAAUCAACGGCAAGGACAAGGCCGACUCGGCGGCGGCGGCGCUGAACCUGUCCCCCAACGGCAUCGGCAGCAUCAACAUGUCCGUGGAGAUCAAUGGCACCACCUACGCUGGGGUGCUGUUUGCCCAGAAGCCCGUGGUGCAGCUCCUGGCCGGCUCGGGCCCGCAGAGCUCGUGCAGCAGCAGCAGCAGCAGCAGCUCCCACUGCUCCCCCAGCCCUACCUCAUCGCGGGGCACGCCCGGCGCAGAGCCCUCCACCAGCUGGUCCCUCUGACGGGCACUGUCCCAGCCCGGCCGGCUCCGAAGCAGCCGGGCAGGAGUGCACAGAUACCUCAUCUCAAGGAACCUGCUCUCAUGGCUGGCCAGCAACAGGAGGAUGAUGAUGGUGGUGGUGGUGGUGGUGGUAGUGGUGAAACCUUUCCAUGCCAGCGAGUUUUCCUUCAUCGUCUCUUUGUCCGGCAUUUUUUACUUCGUUCCCCCCCUUUCCUUCCUCCCUUUUGCUCUUUGUUCCUCCUCCUCCUCCUCGCAGGGUUUGUGGUGUUCCCGUGGAGGGGGGGCACACCUGGCGUUUCUCAAUCAGGGAUGGGCUCCAGGGCCGCGGGUCCGGGCGUGGCCGGGACGUCACCAGGGCAGGGAAAGGGCCGGAGCUGGGGCAGGGACUCCUGGAAUCCUGGAACCAGGGGCCACGAGGGCUCUUCCCACCCACAACUCCGUGUUUUGACAAUCCUGAGAGCCGGGGGCGUGCCUGGCCCUAUCCUCCCGUGGCAAACUGCUCGUGUCCCUUCCUGCUGUGUCCUCAUGGGAGGCUCCCGAGCGUCCUUGCUGCUCCUGUCCUCGGUUUUGGCACCAUCAGCUGCUCGGUCCUGCCUGGUGCCACCUCACCCAUCCCGUUCAGCCGAGUCCUGGAUGCCCCUGAGUGUCCUGUACCCCCUGAGGAGCUCACCCCAGUGACACUGACAGCCUGGGCUUGCUGGGGCUCCGUGUCCUGCCCCUCCGCCCCUGUGGCAGCGUCACCGGGGUUGGCCCAGGCUCCCUGGGGCAGCUCUGGAAGCUCUGCAGGGCUGAGCUGAGCACAGGGGGUGCUGAUGGAGCCCAGCUGGGCACCUGUGCAGGUGCUGCGGUUAAUGUGACCCACGGGGGAUUUGGGGCUCUGAACAAACCCCCUCAAACUGUGCCCGAGCAGGGGAGACCCCCUUGUCUGCGGGGAGAAGCAGAGCACGGGGAAUCCAGCCCCUCCUCGGCCUUUCCCUGGGCUCCCCGGCUGGAAGCAGAGCUGGAGUUCCCUGGCUCCAUGGAGCAGCAGCUCAGGUGGCCUCGCGCUGUCCCCGUGUCCCUGUGGCCUUUCCCCAGCCCGGAGCCACUCCCAGCCCCGUCCCCCUGCCCUGGUGACAUCCCUCCCAUCCCUCCCGCCCUGGUGACGUCCUUCCCGUGCUCCAGGCCCAGGUCAGGUUUUUUUUGAGCAGAUGAAAUACCUCAGAUAUGUACUUGUUGUUGGGUUGGUUUUGUUUGUGUUGGGGUGGCUUUUUUAACCUCUUCAGGAAGUAUUGGCAUAUCCUAUCGCUUGGGGGUUUAAUAGGUGGGUUUGCUGACUUUGUGUUUGCUUCUAUCCGUUUCCACUUUUAAAUCUAUCACCAAAGACAGGAGGUUCAAACAAGGCUGAGCGAAGGAGCAGUGGCUUCCCCACCCUCCAGGCCAGCAGGAGCCGAGCUCCAGCAUCAUCCCAGGACAUGUGCAUGGCAGGACAGCGGGGAAAAGGGCAGCAGUGGUCUCGGCCCUUGGAUCUGUGCGCUGGCCUCGCUUCUCCCGGCUCUGGGCUCUGCCCCCGUGCUGGUUCCUACGCCAUGGCCAGGGGCUGUCCUGCCCCCGCAGCCCUGAGGACUCUCUGGGAUCAGAAGGUGGGAAUGCACAUGUCCUGAGAGGGAUGCUGCUCCCAGCUGCCCCAUCCGGCUGCCUCCAGAGGGAGCGGUGCCCUCCCCGGGGGCGGGGGAGGCCGGGCUGAGCCCGCAGGCUCCACGGCAUUUCAUCCUCGCAGACUCCCGGAGGGUUUUCCAGCCUCUGGGACUCGAUCAGAUGAUUUUUUUUCCCCCCCUUUUUUUGUUUUCCUUUGGUUGUUUUUUUAUUUUAUUCGGGGGCGGGGUUGGGGCUGUUUCCUCUGAGUGGGACUGGGGCACUUUCUGCUUUUCCCUCUGCUCUGCUCCCCAGCCCUGGGGAGCAGAGGCUGCUCCGGGGUGGGGUUGCUUUGUCUCACUUGCUAACGUUGUGUUUUCUUGCACAGAAAGGCACUCGAAUCACUGAACUGCUUGGACACUACUAGAGUAUUAAUGUUUAUAAGCUUUACUCAACCUAGACUGGAACUAGCCAGGGACUAACAGAUUGUUUUGUAUCCAAUUCAGGGAAAGAAUCAGGUCGGGAAGCAUAACAGAUACCUCAGUUAAAUAAGCUGCAACAAUAAACUGGUCCUUUCCCAGCCCAGGGUGACAAGGACCAUCCAGACUGUGAAGAGUUAACCCUUUCCCUCAGCCUGGCUUUGGCCCCGGCAGCCUGAGCUGCGGGUCUCCUGCUGAGCUGCCAGGCUUUGGGUUCGGGGUGCUGGAAACCAGCAGCAGAGCGGGGGAGGCUGAGCGGGGGCCGCCCCAGCCCAGUGUAGUACUCAGGGUUUGAUGCUGCGAGUAGGACGUUCCCGAGGGCAGUGCUCCGCUUCGCGGUGUUGCUCCAUCCUCCCCCCCAGCUCCGCGCACCAGCCACGGGCUCGGCAGCGAGCAGCCAAAAACCCCCCAGCUUGCUCCCAGCGCAGCCUCCGGCGCUUCCAGGGGGAGAGCGGCAUCCCGAGCGUGCUGCGGGGCAGGCUCGGGGUGAGCGGGGGGCUGCGUGUGCCCGCUCGGCUCCCGCGGUCAGCGUGGCCGUGUCACGCCGAGUCCUUUCGGCCGCUGCGCGGGCGCGUUCCCGGGGGACUGCGAUCAGAUGUUCUCCUCUCCAAACAGCUGCAGCAGCCUUGCUACUAGUUUUUCUUACCUAUUUAAAAAAAAAAAAAAAAGAAAAAAUAAAAUAAGUAAAUAAAAACAAAUGUGAUAGCCUAGGCGGUGGAUAAAUACCUCAACGUCUCCUUUCAACAAGUGUCUGUAUAUGUUGUUGUUGGGUUUUUUCUAUCUUACAGGUUAUCUGAAUGUUUAUAUUCCAAUAAACUUCUACCUCUUCACACCGUGA